AUACGAUUAUAUGCAAACCUCAGCCGCCAGUAUCUUACAUGGUUUCUUAAAACCCGAACGCGGUUGAGUUAUUUUACCUUGAUUCGAUUGGAAUGGCGUUGCCCGGCCUAGGACCGUUUGGCACGGUGGAUACGGCGGCGGCCACGGUUUCAUCUGCGGAGGAUUCGAAUCAGAAAAUCCGAAAGCCCUGCACUAUAAGCAAGUCUAGAGAAGGCUGGACUGAACACGACAAGUUCCUCGAAGCUCUCCAACUAUUCGAUCGUGACUGGAAAAAGAUUGAAGCUUAUGUUGGAUCGAAGACUGUUAUUCAGAUCCGUAGCCAUGCCCAGAAGUACUUUCUAAAGGUUCAAAAGAAUGGAACAAGUGAACACCUACCUCCACCUCGACCUAAAAGGAAAGCCUCCCGUCCAUAUCCUCAAAAAGCCUCAAAAACGGUGAGGAUAUUUGAUCUUAAGCAUCGCCGUAAAAUCACGGAGCAAACUCAAAUUAAUAACCGCCUCUGUGUGUCACAUGUGGCAGCUCUUGGACACCCACAAGUAUCCAAGCCUCUGCAGUCACCUACUACUUUACUUGAUGCUGGAUUUGUUCUUAGAUCCGAUCCCCCAACGAUGUUUAUUAACCCUGUUACUAGAGCUUCUGCAUCUUCCCAAACAAACAACACACAAACCAUCAGUUUCGCACAAGAUAGAAGAGGUAUUGGGAUGACCAAUAACUCAUGUAGUAGCACUGAAAGUACCCAGAAGAGGAGACAAAUUCGGGAGAUAUCUGAUCAGGGAAAUCAAGGUCAUGCACCGAGAGUGUUGCCCGACUUUGCUCAAAUAUACAGUUUUAUUGGUAGUGUCUUUGAUCCAAACACUAUCGGUCAUCUGCAGAAACUUAAGAAGAUGGAUCCAAUAGAUGUUGAAACAGUAUGCUUUUUUUUACAAUGUCAAUUAUACAAUCCAACUUGA